AUAGGUGAAAAGUGCUUCGUUGGUAAAUUACCAGACAACCUCAUGUCGAUUAAUGGAAGCUGUGAGACCAAUGCUACUGUGCCAUGUUCAACAAUCUGCACGUUUGAAUGUGAAGAAGGUUACACCCUCUCUCACAAUGAAACUAUUCAAUGCAUGGGAGGGCAGUUUUCACAUCCCAUUCCAUCGUGCAACGAGACGGAUGAAUGUCGUUCUAACCCGUGCAUGAAUGGAGGAACAUGCAACGAUUUUUUAAAUGAAUAUAACUGUACCUGUGUCCCUGGAUACGAAGGCGUUCAUUGCGAGAAUGAGACGGAUGAAUGUCGUUCUAACCCGUGCAUGAAUGGAGGAACAUGCAACGAUUUUUUAAAUGAAUAUAACUGUACCUGUGUCCCUGGAUAUGAAGGCGUUCAUUGCGAGAAUGAGACGGAUGAAUGUCGUUCUAACCCGUGCAUGAAUGGAGGAACAUGCAACGAUUUUUUAAAUGAAUAUAACUGUACCUGUGUCCCUGGAUACGAAGGCGUUCAUUGCGAGAAUGAGACGGAUGAAUGUCGUUCUAACCCGUGCAUGAAUGGAGGAACAUGCAACGAUUUCUUGAAUGAAUAUAACUGUACCUGUGUCCCUGGAUAUGUAGGCGUUCAUUGCGAGAAUGAGACGGAUGAAUGUCGUUCUAACCCGUGCAUGAAUGGAGGAACAUGCAACGAUUUCUUGAAUGAAUAUAAUUGUACCUGUGUCCCUGGAUAUGAAGGCGUUCAUUGCGAGAAUGAGACGGAUGAAUGUCUUUCUAACCCGUGCAUGAAUGGAGGAACAUGCAACGAUUUUUUAAAUGAAUAUAACUGUACCUGUGUCCCUGGAUAUGAAGGCGUUCAUUGCGAGAAUGAGACGGAUGAAUGUCGUUCUAACCCGUGCAUGAAUGGAGGAACCUGCAACGAUUUCUUGAAUGAAUAUAAUUGUACCUGUGUCCCUGGAUAUGAAGGCGUUCAUUGCGAGAAUGUUUCCACCACGACAGCAUCGACAACAGAGUCAAUAACGGCAACUCCACUUACAACUGCUCAAGAUGAAUCAACAACAACUGCAACAUCACCCUCUAACUCUACACCGAUAACAACGAUGACAAUUGCAGAUGACAUUACCACAUCUCAAGAGACAGCUACAACAAGCACUUUUCAAACCACUUCAGGAUCUGAUGCAAAUACUUCCGACAGAACAUACACAACCGAAAGAGAAAUGACGACAGCACAGUCGUCAACUGUUUCUCCCACCUCAGAGACAAUACUGACCACAACCGCAACUACUUCUGCUGGCAUAAGUACCACUGAAAUAGAUAUAACGACAGCACCAUCCCCGACCAUUUUCACGACUUCAGAGCCAUCGACCACUGUGACAGCUGCUGAGGCAGUUACAACAACUGCUCAAACUUCUACAGAAUCUGAUGGAACUAUGUCUGGUGGAAUAGGAACCACUGACAUACAAAUCACCACGACGCCAUCACUGCCUUUCCAUACCACUUCAGAGUCGUCGAUUGCCACCACUGUUGAUCAGUCGACAAUAACACCUCAAACAUCUCCGGAAUCUGUUGCACGUACAUCAGGUGAACCAGGGACCACUGAGGAAGCAAUAUCAACAACACUUCAGACAGUUACCGCCCCCUCAGUGUCACAGUCGACCUUAACCACAGAUGGACUGACAACCAUUCAAAGUGAACCAAUGACCGAACCUACUACAACUAUUUCAUCACCUGCCACUCUUACCACUACUUCAAUACCGACCACUGUUACUACUACAACACCUACCACUACUACUACUUCGGCACCUACUUCUCAAUCGGAAACGAUGUCCACCUCAUCAUCAAACUCGCCUUCCUCACCAACAGUAACCGGUAAGAAAAUCAUUCUGUAG